AUGGGAUUCUGGGAGCGCCGAGGCUCAUUGAUCCUUUUGGAGUGUGAGGGCGAGGCUUCUGUUCCUCAGCUGCAAGAGGAGAAAUCCUUCGGAGUGCUUCAUGAUUGCGAGAUUGCGGCGGAGUUCCCGUUGGAGGGUCGAGCCACAAGUCUCUGUUGGGAGACGCUGAGUCAACGCAUCGUGGUGGCCGUGAACGGUCCAAAGUCCGACCGACUCUGCUUCUGUGAUGCAGGAGAUGAAUCUCUGGAAGACGUCUCCUUGCCAUCUGGUGCCAGAGCACUUGAUUUGAGCUUCUUCUCUGAUCCGGAGCGCCACAAGAGCUGGGUGGCCGUGGCCUGCUCCGAUGGCGCGGUACGGCUGGUGGACACCUCUCCGCAGCGUGCGGCCUCGGUGGUGCGCACCAGCUAUGCGCAUGGCGUGGAGGCCACAGCUGUGGCCAUUUCGCGGGAAGGCAAGUUUCUGGCUUCGGGCAGUUCCAGUGGUCAUGUGGUCCUGCAACCAUUUCAUGGAAGCGGACCGACUCCAUUACCAGGCAUGCUAGAAGCCGAUGAAGCUGGGAUUGAAGCACUCUGCUACUCCUCCUUGCGACAGGAGUUGUUGGCCGCCAGCGACCAGCAGGGCAAUCUGCAGGUCUGGGACGCUGAAGCCUUGCGCCACAGCUGUCGCUUUCCCAUGGCGCAUCGGGGAGCUGUGCGAGGCUUGACUUUCUCCACUCAGAACAGUGACCUGCUCAUUACGGGUGGCGAUGAUGCGGAGCUGAUCUUUUGGGAUGUGAAGAAUGCCAAGCAGAUCCAACAGGUGUCAGUUGAGAGCGGCAUCAGUUCUCUCUCCUACCAUUCAGGUGGUUAUCUAUUGGCCAGUGGUACGACUGAUGGAGCUGUGUUGAUCUUUGACCUGCGCACCUUGGUGGCCAAGAAGAGCCCCGCGGAGCCGCUGCAGCGAUUCACAGCUCAUUCCGAUGAUGGAGGUGCUUUGCGUGCCAUUUCCUUCAUGGAUGAAGUGAAGCUCAAGGCCAAGUUUCACCCCGGCUCUGCCAAGCUUGGAUGCACAUGUCAGAGGUUUGAGAGGCUGGGCUAG